UGCCCCCUGCUACUCUCCCCCCGGACGCCGCUUUACCGGCCUGGCACUCGAGUUGACUCAUAUACCUAUGAUGGCGCGGUGCAGGACCCAGGUUGCUCUGGGUCCCGCUGCAUAUAUGGGGAGGCUCUCGAACCCACAGACAUGUUCGUCGACGAUCUCUUUCGUCGACGUGCAGACGGGGCGGAGGGGGAGAAAAAAAAAGGACACUCUCAUAUGUGGGUAGCAAAGAUGCACGUCGCGGAUCAUGGAAACCUGUCGAGCGAGGCUACGGGGACCCCCCUGUCGUCCGAUCCAGAGACGAUAACAUCCGCCGCUGCCAUAGGCCGCCCGUAUAAGACGACGAGUUAUAUAAUUUUGGCUGGGCCAGGUUUGUACGGUCGGUCCUUAAUAGCCCGUCUGCUGGCGCGAGCGGGCGAAGCAACCCCCCCCUCCCCUGCUGAAAACGGUAUCGGUGUGCGAUGCUGCUGCUGCUCUUUUAUUUUCCCCUCCCAUCCUGUAUUUCCCGUAACGACUCAGACAGACGGAGCGAGAGAAACGCCGGAUCCUGAACCACACCUUGACCCCGGAUCUACAGGUGGGAAAAACAAAUCGCUAACCCCGGUCGUCGUCGCGGCUCCAGGGAUAACCAGGCGGUCCCGGGGGACCAGGACUGGAUUCGGGUGGGGGCCAAGCCCCAGUGUCUUGGAGUGCCGCGCGCGGUGUGGGAUAUUCCUCAAAUCAAGCCUCGCCGGUAGCGAUGCCAAAACUUUCACACGCAUGAUGCGAGCUCGCGCCGUCACCGAGCCCAACGAGGGAGGCGAGCCCAAUGAGAGAGGGCGCCGAGGUCGUGAGUGAAGGCGAGCUCGCUCGUACACCUCUCUCUCUCCCUUCGCCGACAGCCCAGUCCGUCUGUAUCUCCCCCAACCCAC